AUGAGCAGCCGAAGCACCACGAUUGCUUUCCUCUUCAUCGCCACCCUUCUUGUCUUCCAAUGUGUCUCCGCUCAAUCGAGCGACGAAGACUCGGAGUACCUUGACAAGUACCAAAGAAUAGCCCGGGCACCAAAGCCAAAGUUCAUCCGGUUCGGUCGUGCUGGAGCGAAAUUCAUCAGAUUUGGACGUUCUGGAGCUAACUCUUGGGAAGAUGGAUAUGCUGCACCGUCGGUCAACGAGCUCUACGUUAAACGCGGAGCCAAAUUCAUCCGAUUCGGCUAA